CGUUAAAGCUAAAUGGCGUUAAGGCUUUGGGUUGGUGGUGCGACACGGUGUUAAGUAUCGAAUGGAGGGACGAUUUUGUUCCACGUGGAGAGCCGAAAAAGCCACAAACGACCCUGAUCAAGUAUCCGACCGAGACAGCAAAGCCAUCAUCAUUGUCCUCUUGUUUCUAUUAUUACGGUGCUACUUGUUGUUUGUCGGUCUCUCUCCUACUCAAAUAGUCUAAUAGAUAGUAUCACAAUGGGUGACGAAUUUGACGACUCUGACUUGCCCGAUCCUUCGCUCAAGAACAUUAUAGACCAAAAGACGCUUCAAUGGGUCUUUGUCGGUGGAAAAGGUGGCGUCGGUAAGACGACUACUAGCUGCUGUCUGGGUGCUCAAUUGGCCAAGACGCGCAAGAAGGUGUUGAUUGUGAGUACGGAUCCGGCGCACAACUUGAGCGACGCCUUUUGCCAGAAAAUUGGUCGAGAGCCGACGCCCAUUCAAGGAUUUGACAAUCUCAGUGCCAUGGAAAUCGACGCCAAUCAAGACAUGGACGAAAUGCAACGACAAAUGGAAGAAGAAGAAGAUCAAACGGGAGGUGGCAUUGGCAACAUUAUGGGGGAACUCUCCAACAGCAUUCCCGGUAUCGACGAGGCCAUGUCCUUUUCCGAGCUCAUGAAGCAAGUACAGUCGCUCGAUUUUGAUGUCGUCGUCUUUGACACGGCACCUACAGGGCACACCCUGCGUCUGCUCAGUUUUCCGACCAUUCUGGAAAAGGCGCUUGGAAAGGUCAUGGAACUAAAGGACCGAUUCGGUGGACUCAUUGGACAAGCCACUUCGGCACUCAUGGGAGGAGGACAAAAUCCAGCACAAGCCCAAGAUGCGUUGCUGGGACGAUUGGAAGAAACACGAGCCGUCAUUAAUAAGGUCAAUGAUGCCUUUCAGGAUCCUACUUUGACUACUUUUGUCUGCGUCUGCAUUCCCGAAUUCUUGUCCAUUUACGAAACCGAACGUCUCGUCCAAGAAUUGUCCAAAUUCGGUAUCAAUUCACACAAUAUCGUCGUCAAUCAGGUACUCUUCCCCGAAAAGGAUGCCGAAGAACUAUCCGAAUGGUUCGAAGGGAACAAGGACAAUUUGCCAAAGGAAGCACAAGAAAUAUGCUCCAAAAUGAUGGCACGAAAGAGAAUGCAAGACAAGUACAUUGGACAGUGCUUUGAUCUAUACGGGGAAGACUUUCACGUCAUUCUCAUGCCACUCCUCGAUUACGAAGUUAGAGGUGUCGAAAAAUUGAAGAAAUUCUCCGAAUUGUUGAUUGAUCCCGUCGAUCUAGAAGAGUAAACAACAAAAAUAUACUUUGUAGUAGAGUUUGUGACUGACUGACAAUAAAUAAAAGACAACAACAAGAAAAAAAGGAGAACGAGUGUAAACGACGACAACAAACAAACAAACAAACACGCACAACACGUCUAGCAUGAAUAAAGACCCAUUGCUGUAUUUUGCAACUUAUCUUUUUGCAUUUCGUAUCACUCUCUGCAGCUGUAUCUUAGUUCUUUGUCGUGGAUUUUAUAGUGGCUUGUGGAAUGCCGUAGGUUCAAAAGCAUGAAACGGAGUGCCGCUGGAACAAUGGACUGUUUCCUCCUAGGCAGAAAGGAGCAGAACAGCACCAUGACGAGGACCACAGGAUCAGAGACGACCAAAGAUACGGUAUUCGUGAAGGUGGGAAAAGCCAGACAAUGGCCCAAGCAUUCAAUGAAUCCCACUAACUAAAUAACCGAGGGGGAACUCGACAUGUCGAUCUUCGUGUGCUACAUCCUAGUAGAGUAGCAUCCUGGUGGAAGACCACAAGUACCCGCUAGCUAGUACUACUAUUUGUGACCUUGCAAGUGCUACUUCUGGGGCUUGAUUGCUCAUCUUGGAAAAAUGAAUAUCUUCGCUUUGUGUAGUAUCCACGUU